AUGGGCAACAAGAGAGGAGAGCGUCGCAAGCGCAUGAAUGCUCGGCAGGAGUGCCUCAAUCUCAUUAGGGAUGGUAAGAAACUCGAGGAUGGCAUCCAAGCGAAGCAAUCCCCCGGAACUGCGGUCUGUGUGCAGGCAGUGUUAGAUGAGAGUCCCAUUGUUGAGUGGAAAGACUCGAUUGCUUAUGAAGGGAUCGCUAUGUUAAUAGCCGACUUGGAAUGUACUAUGAUGAGGUGCGACUAUACAAGUAAGGAGCUCGAAAAGACUCGCUGUAACCUGAUACAGGCUCUUAACGCUCAUAAAUCAGAAUUACAAGCUCGACAGCAAGCGGAAGAUGAUGCCGAGGUACAGAAAAAAGCAGCCCGGGUGGCUGAUGAGAGAGCGAUGCAGUUGGAAGAGCGUAUUCAGGCUCGCGAUGGAGAGGUUUUCACCUUCAAACUCGACUUGUAG